GUCCUGCGUGCUUUAAUGAGUCCCGCAUGCUGUAAUGAGUCCUGCGUGCUGUAAUGAGUCCCGCGUGCUGUAAUGAGUCCUGCAUGAUGUAAUGAGUCCUCCGGGCCUACAGGCGGCGCUGUUUGCCUCCAACGUCUCCGCGCUGACGUUUAACCGGUGACGUGGAUUUUCAUUGAGGCAGUCGGUGCUGCCCCCUCUCCCCAAAAAUAAUACACACGUACAUACCAACGUCGCGGAGCUUUACCCGUAACUUUUAUCUCCACGUCGCAAAGUCGGACAGACCUUACCCCGGACGCCAGGAUGAGUAAAAACAGCAAAGUGCUGAACCUGAAGGAUAAAAUCUGCGGGAAUGAGGUGGACCUGAGUCUGUGUGACGUCACCGAGGUGCCCGUCAGAGAGCUGGCUCUUUUCACCAAAGCAACUGUUGUGGACUUGUCUUGCAACAGCAUCACCUCCCUUCCUCCAGAGUUCUGCAACCUGACCCACCUGGUGAAGGUGGAUCUGAGUAAAAACCAGCUGACCUGUCUGCCAGACGACCUGGGGAACCUGGCCAACCUUCAACACCUGGACCUGUACAACAACAAGCUGACUGUCCUGCCUGUCAGCUUCUCUCAGCUCAGGAGUCUGAAGUGGUUGGAUCUGAAGGACAACCCGCUGGAGGCCGACCUGGCCAAGGCAGCAGGAGACUGCCUGGAUGAGAAGCAGUGCAAACAGUGUGCCACUAAGGUUCUGCAGCACAUGAGAGGUCUUCACGAUGAGGUGGAUCGUGCCCGAGCGAAACGCCUUUUAAGGGAAAAGGAGCUGGAGAGGAAGAGGGAGGUGAAGCAGAGGGAGCGGGAGGCCAGAGAGAAGGAGGCUCGUAAACGGGAGAAGGCGGAAGAGAAGGAGAAGCGGAGGAAGGAGUACAACGCCCAGAUGGCCGCCGCUGCUGCGAGAGAGCAGCAGAAGAAGAAGAGCGAGGAGACGAAGAAGAAGAGCGGCCAGACGGCAGACAAAAAGGCUGCUGCAGCGGCGAUGGCCAAACCAAAGCGCUCGCUCCUCGGCCUGAUGUUCAAGCUCCUCCUCCUGCUGCUGCUGGGAUUGGCCGGAGUGGCCGCCGCCUGCAAGUGGACCGACCUGCAGAGGGAAGCGGUGUGCUUGCCCAUCAACGUCGCCGUGGACGACGGCUUGUCCUGGGCCAAACAGCAGCAGGGCGUGGCCAGGCAGCUGUUGCGAAAUCUGUCGUCUGCGGCGAAGGAGUUCAUCGAAUCCACGCAAGCGUCCAAGAACUGAACGAUCACCUGCCGCCAUCAACUUCCAGAGCUGCAGGUCUUUUCACUCCCACCUGGGAUUUCUUUUUUUUUAAAGCUGAAAUCAUGAAUACCGUUAAGAUGGACACCCUGCGUCCCCUGGCGCUGUUUGUGGUGCCGGGAGGGGGAACGUCUGUGCAGGCAGAUAGAUGUUAAAAACCUUCUUAAAUUCCUAUGGAAUUGUUGUCGCUUUUGUCCUCUUCAAACAGUCUGUUUAAAGAAAAAGAAUGACUAAUCUUCUUAAAUGUCUCCCCCUCAGACGUGGUUGGUUUUGGGUGCAUUGCAUCGGGAGUGUCGAGUCACGUGUGGCAGUCUGAGGGCGUGCAGUGAAGGCUGUGAGGUCACAUGUGGCCCCCUGUCUUUAUAGUCUUAAAUCCAUCAAACGCAGCUCGAUCUCACGCCGAAGAUCUAUAACAUAUAGCAGUAACAUUUCAUUUUCAUUUUAGAAAUGCCAAAGAUGUGAUUGAGGUUAUUUAGAAAGUGUUGUCAUUAUAGUUAUAAGAGCAACAUGUCCAGCUGACUGAAAUAAUAAUUAGUUAUAUAUAAUUUCUGUCUAUCAAUCGAUUAAUCCACUCUUAUCUCAUUUUUUUUAAAUGGAUUCCGUAUUGGCUUCAAAAAUCCAGAAACACUAAUGUAAUGUUCACCCUGCUGGAAUACUGUCUAGAUUAGAUAUCCAUUGAGAAAAACCGGUAGGGAGAUCUUUUACCUUCCUUCUCUACACUUGUUGGUUUCCAUUCAUUUCUGUAAAAUCUGAAAAAAUAAUUUAUAGACUUCAAUCCAUCACAGUCAACAUGUGUUAAAGUAAAAUGACUAACAAGAUAUUUAAACCCAAAUGUGCCAUUAAUCAAAAAUAUUGUGAUAAGAGUCUGCCGAUGGACUUUAAUCUUGUGCUUCUUUUUAAAUGCUGCUCCACGCCGCUUGUUUAGUCAAGAUUUAAUAAUACUGAAAUCUCCCCAUUGCACCAACUUCUACACUUCACGUCGUCGGAUCCCCAGCCAUCCAGAUGUUCACUCCGUAGUUCAAACACACUGCGCAUUCAGAAUGGAAACAACUGGCUGCAUCUGUAACGGAAUAAAGUUUACACGGUUGGACUUUAUUAUUUUGUCGGGGCUACGUUUGCUGCUGUCGUUCUUUGUGCGUCUUUGUCCGUGAUAAUAAAUGGCUUCACGCUGCAAGGAGUGA